AUGACUGAACCUAGCGUCCCUUUGAACAACGUCAUUGGCCAACAAGACCAGAAUUCUUCAUGCAUGGUGUAUCUCCACGUUAAAGGAACCAUGCCAUUGCUUGCUGAACGUUUACAGUUGGAUUUGGGAGGCAAUACAUCGACUAGCUUCUUGUUGAUCUUUGCAUUGAUAGCCGGUGUGGUUGGUGCUGCUUCUGUGCUUUACGGUCUGAUACAUCUCCGGAUAUGGCGAACUGAUAGUUUAGCCGAUGCAGCUUCUUCAGCUAUCGUCGCCCUGACGAUUAUCGCCUUCGCUUUCGGUUUUGUGUGUAAAGAGAUCAUAUUAGGAGGGCACAGAGGAAAACGCUUGCACACACUGGAAGCUAUGAUUGCAGUAUCACUACUAAGUCAAUUGCUUUACCUGUUGCUUCUGCAUGCUGGGAUGUUUAGGAGCAGACAUAGACAUGGUGGAAUUGGCACCGGUCAUGACCCCCGGAGCACCGGCGCAACGGCUGUGAUCUGA